AUCAUAGCAGAGAGACAUGUGUGCCUUGGAAGAGUGCUCACAAAGUUUAUAACGAGUGGCAUCAUUGAUCAUUCCCAUCAAGGCCAAAGUGCAACCCUUUCAUUUUCACAUUUGCAAUUAACAAACGCCAAACUUCGGAGACCCAUUCAUUGCAUUGCCCACAAAACCACCCUCUCUACUCUUUCUCUUUCUAGAAUUUGGCUUGACUGUUUUGUGGGGUUUCAAGUUGAUAGAUUGGUGUAAAGGGAGACAUGGGAAGGCUUUUCUUGAUCAAUCUUGAAGGAGACUUCUAUAGCUGCAAACACUGCCGAACACAUUUUGCUCUUGAGGAUGAUGUCAUUUCCAGGUCUUUCAUUUGCAGGCAUGGGAUGGCUCAUCUUUUUGAUAAAGUUGUAAAUGUCACUUUUGGCGAGAAAGAAGAACGGAUGAUGCUCUCCGGAUUGAAAACUGUCGUUGACAUAUUCUGCGUUGCAUGUGGGUCCAUUCUUGGAUGGAGAUAUGAGGUUGUUCAUGAGCAGAAUCAGAAGUACAAAGAAGGAAAGUUUAUCCUUGAAAUGUUUAAGGUGUUGGGACCUGCUGACAACCUCUUCUUGGCAGUUCAAGAAGCUCUUGCAGCUGGAAGUGAUGCUGAUGAUUGACUUACUCAUUCCAUGUUGUAGCUGAAGGUCAUUUUUUAUGCUGUGAUGACGAGAGCGAACGCUGGGAUUUCCUGUGUCUUACGAUAAGGGAAAGGAAGAUGUCCAGUCUAGUAUGGGCUAUCAAAGGGAACAAAUGAGGUCAUGUUUAUCACCGAAGCAUAUCAAACUCUUCACGACUGGGGUCCAUACCCUGCUGAUCAGGUCCUCAAGGAACUUCAAGACAGUCUUGGAUUUAUGAUCUAUGACAACUUUUGUAACAUUUGAUUCUAAUGGCCAGAUUGGGUUCCAACUGAUAUGUAAACCACCAUUGAAAUUACUAAUUCUUAUCAGAGUAACUAACACAAAUAGUAAAAUACAUUUCAAAGGGUAACUUGUGUGUGGAAUUUAAUGCUUUACUGGUGUUAAAAUGCAGGGGGUAUGUUUCAUAGUGAGCAUGGUCUCAUGAGCUUUGAACAUCCAUCAAAUAAGAUGAAAGCAAUGCCUAGAAUUGACAGUGAGGGAUUUAUAUGCGUUGCUAACUUUUGCGAAGUAAAAAACUGGAUUUGUUGCGUCAUUCAAUUUCUUCUCGAAAGAUAAGACAAUCCUUUAUAUAUCUUAAUCUUUUUUCCCAUUGGUUAACAACUUGAUUGUGCUGGCUGUUGUGAUUCAGAUUUUGUUUUUGAGGAAUAGGUUUUUUUAUAUUAUUUCUUUCCUCUCUUGGCUAAGAACCUGGUUUUAUUCUCUCUUUUUAGUUUUCCUCCAUUUUUUUUGAGAAUAUUAUUAUUCAUAUUUCUUUCAAUUUUCUUCAUCUAUUCUAAAACAGUUGGAGUAAACCAUAUUAUUGUGAUGUUACAUAGGAAUCACUGUUGGAGUAUUUUGUCUACCACACUCAUUUUUAUAAAUGAAUUUAAAUGCCUAAUUAGAGCUAAGAACUUGAUUUUGCUGUUACUUUGGAGCUAUAGGAUGAAACAAAAAUUAAUCACCCUAGAUAACAUAAAGAUAUGAGUUUGCAAUCUGAACCACGAGAGCAUCCUAAUCCAAAGUCACUGGUUGCUGCUCUAAUACCUCUACAGAAGGAUUAUGAGGUUAGUUGGACUUAAUACUUUUAACUGAAGAUAAGCUAUAACAAAAUACUUGAAGAGCUAUACAUAAUCUUUGUAGUGUCUAAUCUAUGCAAAUAGUUGGAUGGAUUUAAUUGUUUGAUGGAUUCAUUCAUCAGUGUCUAAUCUAUGCAGUGCAAAGGUUAUUAACACAAUAGAGUUUGACAUCUGGGAUUGGCUAGAUGGCAUCACCCUUAAGCAAAGACUUUGCUUUUUAUUUUUUUCUUUUUUCUCGUGAAUUUUGGAUAUGUUGUACAUGGUCUAAUACAUAUUUUGUUUUGGUCCUUGCUGAUAAAUCCAAUUGCCUUUUAACAUGAUAUAUAUUUUUAAUCUGUUUUCUGUACAA